CGUUUCGAUCACUGUACCUAUUAGUGCAACAACCAAUUCAGUUACUGAGAAUUGGUUGUUACACACGAAAAAAUAUUCACAAUCAUCUGUGUAUGGUGACUGUAUUACUUUAUAUGUUUUGCUUAAUAAUUCUGUGAAACGAGUCGGUCACAACUGUACCAUUAGACUGAGAAUAAAGCAGCGUAACCAAAGAACGUAACCGUGGUUGCUCAGUCCAAUGCCGUGUACGCUGGUUGGCGUCUCCGGAACUCGUGUUCCACUGGAGGACGGACGAGCAGUGAUUCUAGGCCGGGGUCCGGAGACUGGUGUCACCGACAAAAAAUGUUCCAGGCAUCAGGUGAAGGUGGUGGCUUGCUAUGCAGACCAGGAUGUGGUUGUUACGCAGUUAGGUCCUAAUCCCAGUUUCCUGGGUGGUGAGAAGUUGGGCCGGGGUCAGUCUGGUAAACUCGCCCAUGGAGGUACCCUCUACCUGGUCAAUCAGAGCCAUCCAUUUAAACUGCACUACACUCUGAGCCCCAGCGGAACUGCCUCCAGUGCUGCAAAGAAAAGACUGAAAGCCACAGAGAAGACAAAAGGUGGGAGGGACGGGAAAGAACUAGAGGCACGGUCGAGUCCGACACCUAAACGCACUCUAAAGGAUUUCUUUUCUACCUCUCCCAUGAAGUCAUCUAAAAGACGACUGAGCCCAGGAGGAGCGCACCCUCAGCUGAAGCGUCAGAGGGGAGAGGAGACCUCAGAUGGACAGAGUGAAGAGAAGGAGGAUGAGGAGGAGAGACUGGCAGAGGAAAAACUCAAGCAGUUACAGGAGCUGGCUCAGAAGUCUAUGGCAGAAAGGAGUAACAGCACCCAGCCUUCAUCUUCAUCACUGUCAUCAGAGGCCAGUUUAAAGAGCAGCUGGCAGCAGAUAGGCAACCUGAUGCUUUAUACUGCUGCUGGCAUCAGAGGGAGUGAGAAGAUUGCUGGGUUUGACAUAGAUGGCUGCAUCAUCACCACCAAGUCUGGGAAAGUUUUCCCUACUACACCAGAUGACUGGAAGAUUCUGUACCCUGAAAUUCAGCCCAAGCUGGCCAGCUUGCUUAAGGAAGGAUACAAGGUCGUGUUCUUCACCAACCAGUUGGGGAUCGCUAAAGGCAAAUUGAGACCAGAAGUCUUCAAGUCUAAAGUGGAGGACAUUCUUGCCACACUGCAGCUACCUGUGCAGGUAUUUGUAGCAACCGGUCCUGGUAGCUACAGGAAACCAGUAUUGGGAAUGUGGAAUCACCUGUGUGAGAAGGCUAAUGAUGGCGUGACCAUUGACAAGACAAAGAGUCUUUUUGUUGGAGAUGCUGCAGGUAGGCCAGAGAACUGGGCUCCAGGGAAGAAGAAGAAAGAUUUCUCCUGCAGUGACCGACUGUUUGCUCUGAACAUUGGGGUACAGUUCCACACCCCAGAGGAGUACUUUCUCGGCUGGAAGUGCGCCCCCUACAGCCUGCCCGUGUUUGACCCUAGAAAACUUGACUCCAGUGCCAGGCUUUAUGACCCACCGUCCGCCUCUCUCACCUCUAGCAAGGCAGAAGUCAUUGUUGCUGUGGGUUUUCCUGCAGCAGGCAAAUCCACCUUCUUCCACACUCACAUUAUUCCUAAAGGCUAUGUCUACGUGAACAGGGACACGCUCGGUUCAUGGCAGAACUGUGUGUCGGCAUGUGAGCGCGCUUUGAAGGACGGCCGCAGCGUCGCUGUAGACAACACCAAUCCAGACCCGGAGUCUCGCAAACGAUAUGUGGACGUGGCCAAGGCAGCGGGAGUGUCCUGUCGCUGUUUCCACUUCUCAGCCUCUCUGGAGCAAGCCAAACACAACAACAGAUUCCGUGAAAUGACUCCAUCAGACGGCAAACAUGCCAAGGUCAAUGACAUGGUUUUUCACAGCUACAAGAAAAACUUUGUGGCCCCUGCUCUUUCUGAGGGCUUCGUGGAGAUCCUCCAAAUUCACUUUGUCCCAGACUUUAAAGACGGCCAGUCAGAAACCUUGUUCAGACAGUUUUCUGAGGGCUGAUUGGACAGCUUGAUCUUUGACAACCAGUGAAAGAGCUGAGCUCUUAGAUACAAGCAGUAGUCAUAGAAAAACACGCCACGUUAGUCGGUAGAUAUUGAGGUUUUUAUUUCAGCUGAUGGCCUCUAAUUUCAAAGACAUGUAAUGCUCUAGAUUUGCAGCACAGAAUCAGGUCCUCCCAUUCAAACAGUAUUCACGUGAAUGUACUGACAUAUUGCUGUUAUAUAUGUGCUUUAGAAAUUGAUUGUUUUUUACACAGUGGGUUUAGAAAGAAUAGAGUGCAAAAAGAAUUAUUUUAUGUGCUGUGUAUAAUUUAACUGAAGUCUUUAAAAGUAAGCUUCUGUGCUGCCACUGCUAUGAAAAUAUUAG